UGCGCGUGCGCGGUGGCUGUUACCGUAGCAACGAACGCGCGGCGCUAACGUUAGCCGGCGGCUAGCCAGCAGCUAGCGGCGCAGCGGGCAGCUGAAUAUGGAGGACGACCUGGACGAGCUGCUGGACGAGGUGGAGCAAAAGUUUUGUCGCGGCGGCUGCGGCUCGUCCUCGGCGCUGCGGGGCUCGGAGUCCCGGCGGGAGGCGAGAGGAGCAGAGGAGACCGCGGAGGAGAGAAAAGUCCGAGUCACCACAUCUGAGCAGCACAGAGGCAGCGACACAGAGGAUAUUGAUGCUCUCCUGGAUGAAUUAUUAGAGGAGGACUACAGUGAUUCCCCUCCACUGAAGUCCGAGCAGCUUCCAAAAGGACCGAAGGCAGUGAAGACGCCUGCAGCUCCGUCAGGAGGCAGAAAGUGCUGUCCGGUGUUUCUUGGGGGAAGUGCCACCACUAACGGUGUUGGAACAGCCUUGUCGAACAGGUCAUGUGACCAGCUGAGGUGCACGUCCUGUGACUUCCGGGUGCUCAUGUUUGAUGACUAUGAGUGGGACUCAUCCUGUGAUUACCUGUUCCUAAGGAACAACAUGCCAGACAGUCAGAAGCUGAGGGCCAAGCUGAAGCGGAGGCGGGGUUUGCGGGCUUACGCCUGCCAGUGCAGCUGGUUCUCAGCCAGAGAGCUGGCCGACCUCAAACAGCAGCCGCAGCUCAGAUGGGUCUGCGGCAAACACCAGAGCUGACGAUCUGCCGCUUGCCGCCGCCGCCGCCGCCACCUCCACCGCCACCCAGGAGCAAGAAACGCACUCUGCUCUUCAGCUCAGAUCUCCCUCUGCACUACAGGCCAGAAACAUCAAGCAGAUGAUGGACUCAAAGCCUCUAUAGCUGCUCUACUUUCUUAUCUGUCUGUGUCUCCUCUGUCUGUCUGUCUGUCCACCAGCUACCAACAUGACCUGCAUUCCAUGAAUGUCCAAAAAUCAGAAUUCAAGUUAAGCCUCAGAUAUGCUCGACAUUAAAUCCAGAUACAGACAGAGCCUCUGCGUUCAUUUCCUCUGCACUUGUGCAGGUUGUCAGGAAGCUUCCGGGUACGGACCAAACUGAGCAGCAGCACCGGAAACCGUGGAGACUGAUAGUUCAAGAGAGACUGGACUGUGAGUGAGACACGAAAACCGAGAAAAUAAUAGUGCACCCUCCUGUGGUGAUGGGUUUAAUGACCUCACAGACCACCAUCCUCCUGUCAUGAUGUGUUUAAUGACCUCACAGACCACCGUCCUCAUGUGGUGAUGCAUUUAAUGACCUUACAGACCACCGUCCUCAUGUGGUGAUGCAUCUAAUGACCUCACAGACCACUGUCCUCCUGUGCUGAUGUGUUUAAUGACCUCAUAGACCACCGUCGUCUAAGCUGAAGCCUCCUCUUUUGCCUCUUUGCAUUACGACCUCCUCCACUGUUGCCAUGUUUGUUGUUGUCAGAAACUUUGGACUCUGUGCUGCCCUCUAGAGGAUUUAUUGCUGAAUAUCCACGCCAGUAUAAAGGACGCUUUGAAACAUGUGGGCAGCAACGGUUACAUCUUCUGAAACGGAUGCAUUUAUUAGGGUUAGGGUUAGGUUAUUUAAAGUUGCAUAAAUGAGCCGUGCAGCACAGUGUCAUCAUUUCAUCAUGGCAGAAACACACUGCAAACGUACACUACAAAAAUAUUAACUCAAAAUCCUGUCAAUUUCAUCAUCAUCAUCUUCAUCAGCCCUUUAUUUCAUCUCGGACGACACGUUGAGGACGGACGCCGUCUUUUGCAAGUGUGCCAAGAAUUGCAAACAAUCAUCACACAGAUGCAAAAAAACAGCAAUAACUAUUAGAAUAUACUAAUUAAAGGGUAAUUUAAGGGUAGAAAAUGAAUCCAAGACCUGUUUCAUGUUCUCCAGCAGCUCAGAGACACAAGAUGUUUUUUUUUCUUUUCUCUCGCUUUAUUCUUCUUGCCCUUUGUUCCGUGUCUCUGACCUGCCGAGCUCAGUGUUCAGUUCAGAGUAAUCAUGUCCUGAAAGCGCGUUCUGUGAUUUACAGUUUUGUGCUUUAAAAAGGAUGAAAUCACAUGAAAGGAAGACAGUGUUUUUCCCUCAACCCACUUUCCCACUUUGUGAUACACAGUGAUGAGUCAUGACUUUAUAUGGCGGGAUUUUUUAUUUUUAUUUAUUUAUUUUUUUGCUUUGCAGGCAGCCAUGAAUGGAGCGCACAAUUAGUCGUGGCUUCAAAGGCUGGGCAAUAAUUUCAGAAAUUAUCUUUUAGAAGAAGAGGAUCAUUGUGACACACAGUUCUGCAGGCUAAAUGAAAGAUAACAAAAGCAUAUCAUUUUAAUUAAAAUCUGCCCCAAAAAGGGACCUGAAACAAAUUAGUGAACAUUAUUUAAAAAACAGUUUGUUUUUUUUUAUCCUUAUUUCAUUAUAUCAUAAUACAAUGCAAUUCAGUGCAAUGAAAUUCAUUUUGAUGCAGCGUGUAAUUUUUUUUCCAUUAUUUUAGAAGAUGUGGUUUUAUCACUGGAAAUAAAACGCUCAUGAUUGUCACAGUAUUAAUUUUGUCUGUAUUGUACAGCCCAACUUGCAGGAGGAAUUUAAAUGAGUUGCAGAUAUUAAACUGAUGGAGCUGCAUCACUUCUUCUUUUUCUUUAUUUUUUCCUGUGACAUCAGUUAAUAAACAACAUUCAAGAUGA